AUGAUUUGGGGUGUAAGGGCCCUGCGGAGCCGGUGCCGGGCGGCUCUGCCUGAAAACUUUGGGCCUUUUCAUAUUAGUUUAGGGCUUUUAAAGGAAGCGAGGUUUACUUUUCCAUCAUCCCGGUUAGAACCUUUAACGCUGCUGGACAUUUUGUGUGGGGUUCUGUCUUCAGGUACUCCGGGCGUUGGGAAAACCACACUGGGAAAAGAACUUGCGUCAAGAGCUGGGAUGACCUAUAUUAAUGUGGGUGACAUGGCAAAAGAAGGAGAACUGUAUGAAGGUUUUGAUGAGGAAUAUGAUUGUCCAAUUUUGGAUGAAGACAGGGUAGUCGAUGAACUGGAAGAUAAAAUGAGUGAGGGUGGAGUUAUUGUUGACUAUCACGGCUGUGAUUUUUUCCCUGAACGUUGGUUUCAUAUAGUAUUUGUACUUCGUACGGAAAAUUCAUUUCUGUAUGACAGACUUGAAAGCAGAGGCUACAAAGGGAAAAAGCUGCAAGACAACAUCCACUGUGAAAUUUUUCAGACGCUUUAUGAGGAAGCUAUGUUGUCAUACAGAGAGGAAAUUGUUCACCAGUUACCCAGCAACACUCCAGAGGACCUAGAGAGAAACUUGGAUCAGAUUAUGCAGUGGAUUGAGCAGUGGACGAAGGACAACAAUUGA